AUAUAUCACUUAGAUUGGAAAUUGUGGAAAAAUCUGGAAAUUGUAAACAUGUGCAGAAAGAACUAAUUGCAGAUAACAAUCAAACAGUGACUAACUUCAAAUCUGCAGCAAUGCAGAAGGAAACCAAAUUGUCCUAAAGUGAAAAUGCUUAGAUAAAGAUGGUUACUUAUUUAACCUGAAACCAAAUAUCACCUGCAAAGGUUUUAAGCUUUUCUGAAUGAGUCCAACAGGGGACGCGAUUUUACCAACACUUUUGGGUGUACCGCCUGCUCGCAUCUAUAGUUGAGCGACUCCAACUCCAACAGCGCUACUACCAGACAGUCAGUUGGAUUGUCUCGCUGUAAAAGCGUCUCUACCACCGGGCUCUCCACUAUCUCGACCGUACAUUUGCUUUGAGAAAGAGCGUUUUUUUUCUGUACUGCAAACGAAACCAUGUGUGUAUUUCGGUAAUUCUGAAUGCGCUUGGAGAAAGUUGGAUUAUUUUUGUGGUUGUUGCCGAAACGGACACAAUGUGACAAUGUUAACCAAUAUAGUGGGUUAUCCAUGACGGAUUGGUAAAGAGCUAUACAUUAUCACGAGAAAAGGGACGUAAAAUGGGGAAACUUCAGUCAAAACAUGCGUGUAAACGCAGAGAAAACCCCGAAGGAGACAGUUUUGUUGUGAACGCAUUUCUCCGAAAAGGGAUGGAGGAAUGCGAGAGGUACAGCACCUCUGAUCACAAACACAAGAACAUUCAGGAGUUUCCACAUGGAGAGCUGAAGGAUGGACAGUUCUUAGACCAUCACUGUCCCCUAGAGGUGGUGCUCCCUCCGGAGAAGGCAGCUGAGGGCUGUGAUCGCUACCUGCAGUACCUCCACUCAGACCCUGAGCCGGAUCGAGAACUGCCAAGAGGAGGAGGCGCUGGAAAAGCCUCGCAGGGGAGGAAACGCAUCAGCCUUCAUAAAUCGAGACUCAUCAGACCAGGCAACAUUCUUCCAGUCUUCAACUGUCCAAUUUUGGACCUGGAGUGUGACGUGUCAUUGGAGGAAGAUAAUGGUCAGGAGUGGAUCUUCACUCUCUAUGACUUUGACAACAGUGGCAAAGUUACCAAAGAGGACAUGUCCAGUCUAAUGCACACCAUCUAUGAGGUGGUGGAUGCGUCGGUCAACCACUCGUCAUGUCACAGUAAGACCCUACGGGUCAAACUGAUUGUCACACCAGAGCCCAGCCCUCGCAGGAAAGACCAGGACCAAGCUGGACCAGCAGACCGUGAGUCCAGGGAACGCUGUCCCCAAGAGGAGGGUAGGCCAGUAGACAGACGGCUGUCCGCUCACGUCAGGUCCGGUCCCUCUGGGCCAAGCGGGGGGGAGCCCUCCCCGACUGAGGGACAGCAUUACUGUGUGGACGAAAACACAGAGAGGAGAAACCACUACCUGGACCUGGCUGGUAUAGAGAACUACACAUCCAGAUUUGAAGGGUCCUCCCAUCCCACACCCUCCCAGGAGACCCCGGGACGGAGUUCCCAGUCCCAGAACCGCUCCCGUUCCCAGGAGCCCGAGGCCCAUGCCGCCGCCACCACCCACCAGCGCCGCUCGCAGGUCAUCGGAGAGAAUUACAGCCCCCUGGAAGCUCGGGGUCGAGGCCCCUCGCACCUCUACAAGUCCCCAAAGGGAGCAUCUAAAGGGGGCGGAUGGACCGGCGGGGGGAACGAAAAGGCCAAGUCCAGUAAAUGCAAUGCUGGGCACUACCCGCCUCACCCGCCUCACCCGCCUCCCCAGUCCAUGCUACACACGGGGAACCCGUCAUCCGGAGGCUACGGGGCCCAGGACGUGUAUCACCUCCCUCACCACACCCACCCGUCCGCCAGCCACCACCCUCUGCAGCACAGCCACAGCAGACGGCUCAGGGCCAAAGCCAGGGAGAGUCAGGGCCCGUCCGCCCCCAAAACACCCCUGUCCCCCCACUCUCACGCCCAGCACCAGCACCAGGCUACCCCUCCGCCCCAUGCUCUGGACAGGGAGAGGGACCAGGGGCCGGUCCCGGCCGGCGGCCACGGGUCCUUUGUCGUGCCCCUGGUUCAGCGGCACGAGCACCACCAUCACCACGAGCACCACCAUCACCACCACUACCACCACUACCACCAGACAUGACCGCCGCACGGCCGCAGUCUGACCCCGGUUGGAGACUGAGGGACCCCCGGAGGACUGACAGAGCCACACCCGUUCGUCUGCAGAAGGACUUCACAACGUUUUAGUUUCUGUCCAGGGCUGUCGAGUAUGCAGUGGCACCCUGGUUAUUAGCUCCCUAGUUUGGCCCAGAGCCCGUGCAUUCUGGGUAAAUCUAGGGCAUCGUAGGGAUCAGAGUGCCAUUCAGACACGGCCUGCAAUCUGAACACUGCUCCACUUUAUGCCAGGCGUGCUCGUGGGUGUUGGAUUGUAGAGGGUUGCUGAGGACAUGCGAUUGGGUUUUUCUCAGACGUUUCGUAUGGCCCAGUUCGGAAUCUCAAUCGAUUCACACAAUAUGAUUCACCAUCCUGGAUCGGAAAUGUCCUCCUGAACUAAGCUAAUUUUUACUUAUAACACAUUCAAUUUCAGAAAGGGAUACUAGAUCAUAGGAAUAUAUCACAUAGAACAGCCGUGCCUGUUUAAAUCUAGGAUUGUAGGCUUCAGUAUUGAACUUGGUGUACUAAGGCCAGAGGUCAUCAAAAGGGACAAUUGGUAUAAUGUCAUAGAUUUGCUUUUUCCCCAGAAUUAAUAAGAACUGUCUGUGUUUUAAGGAAAUGUGUGACAUUUGGGACACAAUCCAUAUGCCAGUCAGAGAGAGUAUGUUGUUUUGUGUUUUAUGUUUUGUGUGUCUCAGAGCUUUCCUCCAAACCAUGGAUCUCAGGUGUUAACUUUUCCUCAAAGCAGAGCUGGCCAAUUCCAUUCUAGUGGACCAACACACUUCUGAUUCUUGUUUUUACCUAGUAGUUAAUUUAACUCCUAGGUUGGAAUCAGUCCCUGCCUAGAAGGAGAUGAUGAAAACCAGAAGUGUUUUAGACUUCAGGACCUGGAAAUGGGCAGCCCUGCGCAAAAGGCUUCUUCUAUUACUUUCUCUGUGGAGGCAGAACCCUGCUGACGGACUCAAGGGCUUCCAUCUUAGAGGAUACGAAAUCACCACUGCCAGUUUUAAUGCAAUAUCUCCCUAUAUAUAUACA